CCUUGAUGAUAACUCUCCGCAGAGUAACAUAUGUAAAAAUACAUAGACGAUCCAACAGUCAGACGGUUUCUUGACCAUGCAGUUCCCCGCGCCCGAACUAAUUUCUUCCCGUCGUCUGGUUCUGCUCACAGACCAGCUCCCAGCUCCAGCUGACUUUCUACUGCACCGAUUUCUUCAUUUGCACCUGAAGCAGAGCAAACCUACAAAAUGUAUAGUUCUUGCUGUAUCUGAAAGCCUCGAGCGCUGGAAAUCAAUAGCUUCAAAGGCCAACAUAAAUGUAGCUCAGAACGAAUCUUUUCAAUUCAUAGAUGUCUUCGACCAUCAUCCACCGUCAACAGAUGGAAAUACGAAUAAUAUCUCUCUAGAGAGCAUAUAUGAUUUACUAUCAGUCAAGUUGUCAGACUCCCGAGUCGAUGGCCAAAUUCCACUGGUGAUCCUGGAUGACAUCACAUCGCUCGAAUGGCUCGGGUGUUCACUGCUUUAUCUAUCCCGGUUCGCUCGUGCUCUAAGAAGCCUGUGUGCCAAGAUGGACGCAGCGUUGGUCGUCCGGCAUCAUAUCGUCACACCACCAGAACCCGAUGCGCUUUUGCAGCACUUGCUCCAACUAUGCACCUAUCACAUUGAGGUCAGGCCUUUAGCCAGCGGACGGAGCGGUGCAGUGAGCGGAGAGAUAUGCGUGCACCUAGGACCUAGUAUGAAUGACACGAAGGAACAUCUCAUAUCUCGUACUUCGGCACUGCAAUAUCGUUUAACGGAGUCGAGUGCCGUUUUCUUCGAAAAGGGUACAAGUACAGGAGUUCUGUAGACGCCCUAUAGAUGGAUUUCAGGACUUGAGAUUCAUCUGACCACUUACGAGCAGUUGAUGAAACAGCGAUUGACGAGUGGGAGCAUACUUGUUGAAGCUACAGGGACUAAGAGACAAUGCGCGUACGCG